AUGGCGUUGCGUUUUGUCUCCCUUGCCGCACUCUCCCUCUCGGCUUUGGCUUUUGACAAUUCGCGCUAUGACAAUGUGGCUGUGUACUGGGGACAGAACAGUGUCGGUGCCAACUCGGCGAAUCCACCGUCGUCGUGGCAAAAGCCGUUGGCAUUUUACUGCAACGACAAUGCCGUAGAUGUGUUCCCCAUCGCGUUCGUCAAUGUAUUUUUCAGCACUGGCGGCCUCCCAUCGCUGAAUUUGGCAAAUACCUGCAAUCCCACCGACAACGCCACUUUCCCGGGCAGCUCGCUACCGAACUGUGCGAGCCUUGCUUCGGACAUCCAGACUUGUCAGAGCAAGGGCAAGUUGGUUACGCUGUCGCUUGGAGGGGCAACUGGAGGUGUUGGCUUCUCGUCCGACGACCAGGGUACGGCGUUUGCGCAAACGAUAUGGAACUUGUUCCUCGGCGGAUCUUCGUCCACCCGGCCAUUUGGUAGCGCUGUUCUUGAUGGCGUCGACCUUGAUAUCGAGAGUGGAGGCGGUACCGGCUAUGUCGCGUUUGUGAACAAGAUCCGGUCUCUCGCUAGUGGCGCCAGCAAGAAGUACUACAUCACAGCUGCUCCGCAAUGCCCAUACCCAGAUGCCGCUCUUGGAACCGUUAUCAACGCCGCAAGCUUCGACGCUGUUUACGUCCAAUUUUACAACAAUCAAUGUGGUCUGAACAACUAUAACAUCGCUUCAGACUGGGACUUCGGCCUUUGGGACUACUGGGCACGCAAUAUCAGCCCCAAUAAGAAUGUGAAAGUCUACCUUGGAGCCCCUGCCUCUUCUGGAGCUGCUGGAUCAGGCUACGUUGACAGCGCAACUCUCAGCAGCAUUGCAGUCAAGAUGCGCAAGUCGUUUUCAGCGUUUGGUGGUGUGAUGCUCUGGGACGAGUCUCAGGCCUAUCGUCUGUCUUCUUUCCAUAUUUUGGCUGCCCGUUCUGAGGGUCGACGCACAGAAAAUGGCCGAUUUGAUCUAGCCAUCAAGAACGCAUUGGUUGCUGCUGGUGGAACAGGCUUCACCUUCCCGGCCUGUAGCGCUCCGGCAUACUCCACAUCGGGAACCUACACGGCUGGCACACAAGUAUCCUAUCAAGGAUAUAUUUGGCAGGCGAAAUGGUGGACUGCAAACGUUCCUUCAGCCAAUUUCAAUGGCGACUGGGCUGCAGUCAGUGCUUGUGGUGGCACUUCCCUACCUCCGUCCUCGUCAUCAACCACAACGUCGAAAGCCACCAGCUCGACUAAAGCCAGUAGCACAACCUCGAGUUCGCCAUCGGGUCCAACGAACGGAGUUUGCACAGGUAUCGCUGCUUGGUCGAGUUCGGUGGCAUAUACCGGUGGAUCCAAGGUUACCUACAACUCUCACCUUUGGACUGCGCAAUGGUGGACACAGGCAGACACUCCUGGAGGCUCUGCUGGCGUUUGGAUUGACAACGGCGCUUGUGCCAGUCUGGCAAAAGUUGCCACAGACGCUAAACCCACCGUCGACAUUCGGGCUCCUUCUCGCUUCUUCCGGGUAUGA